UGGCCCCGAGGCUUUAAAAUCCAAUGUUUCACAGACCCAAAAAUAAAAAAACCUCACUGAUGAAUAGCUUCCCUGCAGCAGCUGACUAGAAAGAAAAUGGACAUAGCUCUCUUCUCUCCUUCUUCACUUUUCGCGGACGAUGAUGACUUCUCUUCUGAGGAAACAAAGGAGACCCAACAGAAUCAUGUAGAGAGGAGGCACAGUUUUCCUGGAAUGGAGUUGCUCAUUAGAGAAUUCUCUUUUCACAAAUUGAAUGCUAAUUUGCUCUGGCCAGGGACAUUUGCAUUUGCAGAAUGGUUAGUUCAGAACAGGCCAUUGGUUGAAGGGCGGCAUUGCAUUGAAUUGGGCAGUGGCACUGGAGCUUUGGCCAUUUUUCUUCGUAAAUCAUUCCAUCUUGACAUCACAACAUCAGACUAUAAUGAUCAGGAAAUUGAAGAAAACAUAGCUCACAAUUGCAGAGUGAAUGGAGUCACACCAGUCCUUCCUCACAUUAGGCAUUCUUGGGGGGACACCUUUCCAGCUGCUGAUCCUGACUGGGAUCUGGUUAUAGCUAGUGAUAUUUUACUGUAUGUGAAACAGUAUCCAAACUUGAUAAAAACUCUUUCCUUUCUCCUCAAAUCUUACAAGCUGAAAAAUGACAGAGCAGGCUCUAUCAUGGAAAAUGAGCAGAAUGGAGGAACACACAAUAUCGGGUUGCCUAGGCCAGCUUUUUUAAUGAGUUGGAGACGUAGAAUUGGCAAGGAGGACGAAUCUCUCUUCUUUGAUGGUUGUGAGAGCGCCGGGUUACAAGUGGAGCAUCUUGGAUCCCGUGUUUACUGUAUCACACCCAAAGAUCAAGUGUCAGGAUACCAAAUAGAGGUAACCAGGUGAAUUACCCGCCCGAUGCCGCAGGUAUAACAGCAUAUUUAAGAGUAUGAAACGCAAAAACAUUGAAAGCAUUUGAUAUUUAACGGAGCAACCAUAUGGCGAUGGCGAGUUGAUUGGUCCAACUUAGAAAAAACAAAAAAUGGAUAUCCAGAAACUGAAGUGAAAAGGCAUUGAUAAUUUGGUUUUACUUUUGCAUCAACGCAUGUUAAUCCUUGUGGGUUGCUUAAACUAACAAUAUUAUAUCAUCAUGUAAUAUGCAUAGUAAACAAAUUUGUAGGGUGUUCAUUUUCUCUGUCAUUGCAAUAUGCAAUAAUCAUUAGUUACCUGUAAUGAAAAAUGCUAAUGGAUAUCUUAGAAUCCUGAUGUUGACUAAUCUGAUCAUGCUUUAUGUUGUCCAA